AUGACCAAUUAUAAAUGGGCACGGAACGACAUGACCACGAUUCUCAGACUAAAGAAGCCCCAGCAAGACGAUCGCGUACAUGAGGAUCUGGAGCAUCUAGAGCUAGUUGGAGGACUUCAAUUCGUCGCGCAGUGUACCAGACCGGACAUCAGUCAUGCGGUCAGUAUUGUUAGCAGCUUCUGUAGCAACCCUGGAUUUGCUCAUUGGACUGCGGCCAAGAGAAUUCUUCGAUACCUGAAAGGUACGAAGCACGAGAAACUCACAUACAGACGAAAUGAAGACACGGAUUUUUACGGCUACAGUGAUGCAGAUUGGGGGAAUGAUCCAGACACUCGCCGGUCCGUCAGUGGUUACGUUUUCUUGCAGAACGGUGGAGCAGUGAGCUGGAACUCAAAAAGGCAAUCUACUGUUGCACUUUCAACCACCGAAGCGGAGUACAUGGCCUUAUCAACAGCAACCCAAGAGGCUAUGUGGUGGAAAGGAUUCUUGUUUGAGCUACACGGAACGAAUCAAGCACUGAUGCUCAAAUGUGACAACAAAAGCGCUAUCAACCUGGCGGAGCGUGAAGUUGGCUAUUCGGCACGAAGCAAGCAUAUUGACAUCAGGCAUCACUACAUCCGUGAGCAAGUUGAACAGAAAUUAAUUAAACUUGAACACGUUCCAUCCGAUCUUCAAGCGGCGGACAUUCUUACCAAAUCUAUACCUGGUCCAAAGCAAAACAAAGAUAGGAAGAAACUUGGCAUAUUAUAG